AUGGAUGGACAUCGGAGAACUUUCGAGCGAUUAGUUUGGGCGCCAGAUCCUGAGGAUGGUUUCAAACUCUGCAAACUUCGUGAUAUUGGCAGAGAAACAAUGUCUGUUGAACCGAUCGAUGGUGGAUCAGUAAUCUCAGCUCGAUACGAUGAAAUUUUUCCAGCUGAAGAAGAUCAAAAAAAGAAUGUCGAUGAUAACUGUUCGCUGAUGUAUUCAAACGAAGGUACUUUGCUGAAUAAUUGUCGAUUACGAUAUGCACAAAAACAAAUAUAUACAUAUGUUGGGAAUAUCCUGAUUUCCAUCAAUCCGUACGAGCAGAUAACUGAUUUAUACAGUAGUGCAACAAUUCAAAAAUAUCAAGGGCGAUCAAUUGGCACUUUACCACCGCACGUUUUCGCUAUCGCUGAUAGCGCUUACCGUAAUAUGAAACGAACCAAACAAAACCAGUCAAUCAUUAUUUCCGGGGAAUCUGGCGCAGGUAAAACGGAAUCACAGAAGUACAUUUUACGAUACCUUUGCGAAUCGUGGGGUUCAACUGCAAGCCCAAUUGAACAGCGUUUGCUAGAAACUAAUCCGAUACUGGAAGCUUUUGGUAACGCGAAAACACUGCGCAACAAUAACAGUAGUCGAUUUGGGAAAUUCGAUUCAAUUGGUGGUGGUUUUAUUUCACAUUAUUUGUUAGAAAAAUCACGAGUGUGUCAUCAACUGGAGAGUGAACGUAAUUAUCAUAUCUUUUAUCAGUUGAUAGCAGGUGCUGAUGAACAGAUGGCUGAACGUCUCCAGCUUAGACCUCCUAGUAGUUUCGAAUAUCUCAAACAUGGAUGUACUCAGUUCUUCAGUGGACCUACUACAACAAGCAAAAUAGGGAAGGACCGUCGAGGAAAACAGGAUGCAGAUUUACAUGAUGGGAUAUUGGAUGAUUAUGUUGACUUCCAAAGGUUGCUGAAAGGACUUUAUAGCAUUGACUUUGAUACGCAAGAGUUGAAUACUAUAUUUAAUGUUAUUGCUGCCAUAUUGCAUCUCGGUGAUGUACACUUCGUUGAGAAUGCCGAAGAUACGAAAGGCGGAUGUAUGGUUGAAUUCUCCAGCAAAGUACCACUUCACAAUGCAGCUUCAUUACUCGGUUUAGAUUAUUGUGAAUUGAAAAAUGGCCUCACAACACGAGUCAUGCAACUUUCCAAAGGAGGUAUCAGAGGUACCAUUAUCAGGAUACCUUUGAAAUCACAUGAAGCAUCAGCAGCUCGCGAUGCGCUUGCAAAAGCCAUUUACAGUAAAUUAUUUGAUGCCAUCGUCUCACGCAUCAACAAAUGUAUUCCAUUUAACGAUAGCACAUUCUAUAUAGGUGUCUUGGAUAUUGCGGGGUUUGAAUUCUUCACAUGGAAUUCAUUCGAGCAAUUCUGUAUUAAUUAUUGCAAUGAGAAACUUCAGAAUUUUUUCAAUGAUCGAAUUUUGAAACAGGAACAAGACUUAUAUGCAAAAGAGGGGUUGAAUGUCUCACGCAUCGAUUAUAACGAUAAUGAUGAUUGCAUUGAUUUGUUCGAGAGGAAAGUAAACGGUUUAUUUGAUCUGUUAGAUGAGGAAGCACGUCUACCAAAGCCUUCACCUCACCAUUUCACUAUGUGCGCUCAUCAGCAACUCAAAAAUCAUUUCCGUUUGACGACGCCACGAAAAUCAAAGUUGCGAGAACACAGAGAAAUGCGGGAUAAUGAAGGAUUGCUCAUCCGGCACUUUGCGGGUUCUGUUUGUUAUCAGACACUUUUGUUUCUGGAGAAAAAUAAUGAUGCUCUACACACAUCUUUGGAAUUGUUGCUAGAUAGCAGCAACGUCCCUUUCCUGCGAACUUUGUUCUCAACAAAUAACGACAAAUCACAGGAUGAAAAUCGCAAACCAUUCUCCAACAAAUUGGUACUUGCAUCGGUCAGUAACAAAUUUCGGACACAGCUUGUUGAACUACUCAAAAAACUCCAACUUACGAAUACAAAUUUUGUGAGAUGUAUAAAGCCGAAUUCGAAGAUGAAACCGGGUGAAUUCGAAGGUGCAAUGAUAUUGAGCCAACUGAAAUGCGCUGGCAUGACAAGUGUCCUGAAACUUAUACAAAAAGGAUAUCCUUCCAGAACAUCUUUUGCGGCAUUGUACAAAACAUAUGAAAAAAUGAUGCCAUCGAAACUUGCUCGACUUGACCCACGUCUUUUCUGUAAGUGUCUAUUUCAUGCACUCGGUCUCAAUGAAACAGAGUUUAAGUUCGGUCAUACGAAAGUGUUUUUCAGACCUGGAAAGUUUGCUGAAUUUGACCAGAUGCUUCGGCAAGAUCCGGUUCACAUGGAAGGUUUAAUCAAGAAGGUGCAGACCUGGCUGCCACAUAUGCACUGGAAGAAGGCCCAGUAUGGCGUCCUUUCGUGUAUCAAAUUGAGAAACAAAAUCCUGUGGCGUGCUGCACAAUUUACGAAAAUUCAGAGUGCACUGCGUGGAUAUAUCGCACGAAAAGUCCAUCGUCCAAGAUUAUAUCUGUAUCGUAGAACAAAUAUGUUAUGGGAGAGAGUUACGGAAUUGGAAAAAAUGUUGGAACAUUUGUCACCCGCCAACCAAUGCGAAUGGUCCUCAGUUAUCAGUGCGUUUAACACUGAGACUCAGCAACUACUCAAGAAUAUUAAGACAUCUGAUGGCAAGCUAUUGGGCGGUUUGAUAAACCACCAGGAACAAAUGUUAUCAAAUGUUGAUUUCACACUUUCUUCACUCAGGGAGCAAUUUGCAUGGGAUAAGCAGAGAAAGACCAAACAAAUGGAGGAGAAACAACGUUUAGAAAUGGAGAAAGAAGAGCAAAGAAAACUGGAAGGGCGAAAAUUGGAACAACAGCACGUCGAGAGAACGAGAUUUGAAGGAAAAAGGAAACAGGAAGAGAUGAAAAACUGGCGACAACAAGAAAUGUUGAGAGCACAAAAUGAAUGCGAAGAAAAGAUCAAGCACCAGCGAAAUAAAGAAAUGAAGCAAGAGGAACUGGAUGCGGAAAUUGCAAAGAGGCUAAUGACGGAAGGGUCCACUUUGGAAAUAAUUGAAAAUAAUGCCUCCAGAGAAGAGAAAAGUAUCGGUACUUCUAAAUAUGAUCUGACGAAGUACAAAUACGUGGAGCUUCGCGAUAUCAUCAAUACUUCAACUGAUACGGAUUUAUUGCGCGCUUGCAAAGAAGAAUUCCAUAGACGCUUACAAAUUUAUCAGCAGUGGAAAGAGCUAAAUGAGAGCAGUACUACUGAACGACAAAUAAAUCAUGUACCGAUAGCAGUACUUGCUUCAAGCAGUAAGGGUUUCUCUUCGCAUUUCUCGCAGAAUAAUGUCGCUAUCCAACGAUAUUUCAAGGUACCAUUUGCAAAGCCUGCUCGUGGACAUGUGAAUACACGCGAUAUAUCGGAAGUAGCAGCAGCUUCACAUGGUAUGUGGUAUGCCCACUUCGAUGGACAGUGGAUUGCUCGUCAGAUGGAAUUACAUCCUAACAAGAAACCUGUAUUGCUUCUCGCCGAUACAGCUGUCAGGUUACUCUACCUCACUAUCUAUCGACGAUUAUCAAUACGUAACAUAGGUUUGCUUCGUUUAGGUCGAGAUGAUAUGCAAAUGUGUGAGCUGUCUCUUGACGCAACGCAAUUGACAAGGAAAAAAGGUGCAGAGAUAACACCUGUUGAAUUUGAAACGCUGUGGCACCAGUGCACCAGUGGACCAAAGUAA